CUCGUAAAACAUCAACCCAGUGAACAGCGAAUCCUUUAAUCCUGUUAUCCUGUUGAUUUGAAAGAUACGCCUGAUUGUUUUUGUUUGUUAUUGGCCGUGUCGGAGGUGGGGUAUCUAUCGCUGUUACUGUUAGUUACAGUUUCAGGUCCACAGUCGCGCUAAUUGCUCGUUCCGCCCGCUUAGAUUGCAGCUUGCAGCGCGCUAUGCACCUACUUUUUGCGUUGAAAUUCGUGGUUUGCGGUUUUUGGCUGGCGAGCGCGUCGCAGGAGGAGUUGGUGGUGAGGAUCGUGGGCGGGCUGCAGGAGGCGAUGGUCCUGGCGGAGGAAACGGGGCACUUGCUGAAAGGGCCGGUGAUGGGUUUUGAAAAUACUUACGUUUUCAUACCGGUAGAGAAGGUACAUUCGGGCUACCGCAAGAGAGGAAUGGACUUGACGAAGCGGCUGUCUGAAGACAAUAGGGUGAUUUGGGCCGAAACUCAGAGUCAGAAAAUUAGAACGAAAAGGGAUUUGAUAGAUUAUUUUUUUCGUCAGAAGAUUUAUAAGAAACCUCUGUACCCAAAAGGAAAGCCUUUUAAUGAUGAACUGUGGACACAGGAGUGGUACUUGCAAGACACCAGAUCUCGCUCCGACCUCCCCAAGCUGGACUUAAACGUCCUCCCACUCUACAAACGAGGAAUUACAGGCAAGGGUAUACGUAUCAGCAUCUUAGACGAUGGUAUAGAAUACACCCAUGACGACUUAAGGGAUAACUACGACCCAGAAAUUAGUUUCGACUGCAACGAAGAAGACUACGACCCAUUUCCGCGGUACGACCAUAGCAAAUUCAACAGUCAUGGUACUCGAUGCGCUGGAGAAGUUGCCAUGACUGCCAACAACGGCAAGUGUGGGGUAGGAAUAGCCUACAAUUCCAAAAUCGGGGGAGUGAAACUCCUAGACGGAAUCGUGACGGAUCGAGUGGAAGGUACCGCUCUUGGGUACGCCCAUCGUCUUGUUGAUAUUUAUAGCGCUUCUUGGGGACCCAACGACGAUGGUAAAACUGUGGAUGGACCCGGCCGACUCGCCAAAGAAGCUCUGGAAAGAGGAAUCACAGAAGGAAGAAACGGGAAAGGAAAUAUUUUCGUGUGGGCGUCCGGAAAUGGGGGAAGCAAAGGAGACAAUUGUAAUUGUGAUGGGUAUUUGGCAAGCCCAUACACGAUUUCCAUCGGGAGUGCCUCCCAGAAAGGGGAGUUUCCGUGGUAUGGAGAAGAGUGUGCGUCCACCCUAGCCGUGACGUACUCUUCCGGCGCCUACAAAGACCAAAUGAUUGCAACCACUGAUUUACACAACGAAUGUACCAUAAAACACACCGGAACAUCUGCGUCUGCUCCUCUAGCAGCAGGAAUUAUAGCUCUAGCUCUAGAAGUCAACCCCAACUUGACUUGGCGAGACGUGCAACACUUGAUCAUCUGGACCUCUGAGGUUGCCCCUCUUGUAGACAAUUUAGGGUGGCAACAGAACGCUGCUGGUUUCUACUUCAACACUCGCUUCGGUUUUGGGUUGAUGAACGCCUUCGGAUUGGUCAAAGCUGCAGUUAAUUGGACCACAGUCCCGGAACAACGGGUUUGCACAGUAACCACAACGCACGAAAUUAACGAAACUGUUAGUUAUACUAAUCCAGCUUUGAUCCAAAUACACACCACCGGGUGCCAAAACACCAACAACGAAGUCAAGUUCUUGGAACAUGUAGAGUUAACUCUGACGAUUGAGUACCCGAUCAGAGGUGUGCUCGAAGUGUAUUUGACUUCUCCUUCCGGAACGCGAGUCCAAAUGCUGGCUCCUCGAAAACUGGAUAACUCGAAAUCGGGAUUCAACGGGUGGACGUUCAUGUCUGUGAUGACGUGGGGGGAAGUGGCUGAAGGUUUAUGGACGAUUUCUGUCUCAGAUGAAGUGGGACCAGAAGGCAAUGUUGGGUUAGUGACGGAGGCUGUUUUGGACCUUCAUGGUACUAGAGAGGUUCCGGCGUACAUGAAGAAUGGAGCUCGAAAUUACAAUCUGGAUUAUAACAGGGUCCACAACACAUUUGGAGCUUAUGACGAGUAUUAUAGUAAUUUUGUUUAAGGAAAAACAUUAAUAAACCGAAUUUAAAGAAAAGUA